AUCUUUUUUAACAACGGAGGUGGCCCGGUCGCCCGGUCGCCCCCGGCCGACAGCAGAUAGACAGGAUGCCGGCGACCAUCGACAAGAACGACCUUAGGGUCAGGCAGCGACAGGUGCACUUCGCCGAGACGGGCAGCUGCUUCGACAGCACGAACUUCGAGGCGAUCACGGUGCGCGCCGGCGGCCACGAGAGCUUGCCGAGAAGGCGCGUGAACGCCGAGGCCUUCGGGAAUUCCCGGCGGACGCGGCGCGAGCUUCCAAGUGAUUUCCUGAAAAAGGGCACGGGCACCGGCGGCACGGACGCGCGGCCGGCGCCGGCCGAGGAAGUAAAGAAGAGGCAGGCCCCAAAAUCAAAACUGAUGGACUUCCAGGCCUUCGCCGAGCGGCCGAACCCGCCGAACACGGAGUUUCGUAGGUUCUACGAGCGGGGGGACCUGCCGGUGCAGGUCGACCAUGGCGGCGUGUCGAAUAGGGUCGCGUGGAAGGUCGACGUGCAGAAGCUGGACUUCCACCACUACCUGCCCAUCUUCUUUGAUGGUUUGCGGGAGGUCGAGCAGCCCUACGCUUUUUUGGCGGAGCAGGGCGUCUACGACAUGAUGUCCAGCGGCUGGCAAAAGGUGUUGCCCUGCGAGGUAAUCAAAAGGCCAAGGCGCCCUCUUCAAUCCGGGUCGUUGUCGCGUGCGAGGCCCCGUCUCCUUGCUAUCAAUCGUUCGAAUGCGUCCAACCUGGCCACACACGGUUUUUUCUCGGGAUGACCGAACUCACUCGUCGCCUUAUCCGCAGGUGUUGCCGGUCGUGCCGCAAUUAAUCAUUCCCAUCAAGACGGCGCUCAACACUCGAUCCAAGCCGGUGAUCGUGAAGGUGCUGAAGGUCCUCCAGGCCCUCGUGGCGUGCGACUGCGUGCCCGAGGGCCAGCAUCUCAUCGGGCAGGCCCUCGUGCCGUACUACCGCCAGAUCCUCCCGGUGCUCAACAUCUUCGUGCGGUCGAACGACAACCUGGGCGACGGCAUCGACUACGGCCAGCAGCGCCGCGAGAACCUGGGCGAGCUCAUCGCCGAGACGCUCGAGCACUUCGAGGUGCACGGCGGGGAGGACGCGUUCAUCAACAUCAAGUACCUCGUUCCCGUCUACCAGUCCGUCGUCGUCGCGUGAGGCGGGAGGUGGACCCCCUUGUCCUCCCGGCGAGUAGACCGGCGGGGACACAAUAAAACUUUACCUCGACU